CCGACGUCAACAAUUGCUCCCCCCUGUAGCUCCCAUUCUCUUCAGAGUCCACGCAGCGACCCCUGAUAUCAUCAGAUGUCUUCAAUCCGGCGCAUGGCGCCCUUGGUGCUUCCGGCCACCAGCCGCCACACGGCGACCGUCAUCUUCAUCCACGGCCUGGGUGACACCGGUCAUGGCUGGGCCGACGCUGUGGAGCAGAUGAAGCGUUCGCGCAACCGCCUCGAUGAGGUCAAGUUUAUCCUGCCCCACGCGCCCACGAUCCCCAUUACCAUGAGACUGAACCAGACACCGCAGAAUGGCGGCUUCCCCAUGCCCGGCUGGUUCGACAUCAAAGCCCUCGGUUACUCCGUUGACUCCCUCGGCGCCAAGUCUGUUGAUGAGGAUCGGCCUGGGAUCCUCCGGUCGCAGGGAUACUUCCACGGUCUCAUCCAGGAGGAGAUCAAUGCAGGCAUACCCUCUGAUCGCAUCAUUCUUGGCGGUUUCUCUCAGGGUGGCGCCAUGAGCAUUCUGAGUGGUCUCACGGCCUCCGUCAAGCUGGGUGGCAUCGUCGGUCUCUCCUCUUGGCUACUCCUCUCCCAAAGCUUCAAGGACCUCGUUCCCGCGUCCAAUAUCAACAAGGCAACGCCGGUUCUCAUGGGCCACGGCGAUAUGGACCCGUUGGUGCGCUUCCCCCUGGCCCAGGACAGUGAAAAGGCCCUCAAGGAUUUGGGCUACGAUGUGACGAUGAAGGUGUACAGGGGCAUGGAGCAUUCUGCAUGCUUGGAGGAGCUCAGCGAGGUUGAGGCUUUCUUGGCCAAGCAGCUCCCCGCCAAGGGCAAGACGGAACUCUAGAGGAUUGACUCGUAGACAGUACCCAUCGACUAGACGAAAGAAUCGCUGGCACAUGACCGCAAGAACAAUAGAAGCAUUUUGUCCUAUUCUCUGCAUCGUCC